AUGGCUUAUCAGAAGCGCCCUACAUCCAGCUACCAGCCGUGUGACACGUUUUUCGUCGAGUCGUACGAUAACGCCCCCGCGCCCCGCAUGGACCCCAAGGAACAUGCCAAGUUCAUUGCCCGGGAGCGUCAGUACGCCAUCGCGGAUGAGCUGUCCCGGAUCACUAGCGAUGAGUUCCGUGAGGACAUUGUGUCUCACAUGCUGGACAUGGAUGCGGCAACCCUCCCCGAUGUCGAGUCGAUUGAUAUCCAGACCGAGAUCCAGUGGUUCAUGCGUCCCUACCUCCUUGACUUCCUCAUCGAAGCCCACACCGCGUUCCAGCUGCUGCCGUCGACCCUGUUCUUGACGAUCAACCUGCUCGACCGGUAUUGCUCCAAGCGGGUCGUCUACAAGAGACACUACCAGCUGGUGGGCUGUGCGGCACUCCUGAUUGCAGCCAAGUAUGGAGACAAAAAGGACCGUGUGCCCACGAUCAAGGAGCUGAAGUCCAUGUGCUGCUCGCUCUACGAUGACGACAUGUUCAUCCAGAUGGAAUGGCACGUUCUGCAGACCUUGGGGUGGACCAUCGGACACCCAACCGUGGAUAGCUUCCUGCAGGUCGCCGUCCUGGAUACUGCGUACGAUCCCGAGGUAGAGCACAUGGCUCUGUACAUUGCAGAGAUCGCCCUGUUCCACCGGGAAUUCGUCUCGAAGCCAUCCUCCGACCUCGCUCGGGCCUCGCUGGCUCUGUCGCGGUGCAUCCUUGACCGACCCCAGCCCCGGCACACGGAGUGGGCCUCGCAGUACGAUUCGAUGACGCUGGUGGGACUGUCCCAGCAGCUGCACCAGCCGUCUCAGGUCCUCUCCCGCAAGUACUCGUCCACCCACUACUCCCGGGUGUCUCGCAUUCUGGAGCAGUUCCUUGCCCGCCAGGCGUCCAUCGCCACCUACGCUCCGCCCAGCCCGCCGUCAGAUAUGGUCACCGUGGAGUCCAAGCCUUACGAGGGCGAGAUUGGACUGGCGACGCCGCAGAAGGCGCCGCACCCGUCGAACAUGCCGCACGGCUACAUCACCCCGCCGAUCACACCGGAGAACGACGUGUUUGUCACUGGCGGUAACUCCUACAUCAAAGUGGCCGGGACCAGUGCCUGCUCGCCUUCGCCGACGCCCCCACCCAAUGUGCAGUAUGUGAGCGGCCACGCGUACCCGCAGGAGACCGCAUACUCGCAACAAUACCUCCAGCCUCAGAUGUCCUUCAACGCAGGCUACUGA